AUGGUUGAUGCGGAUUGGAAGCCCUCAAUGGGUUUUGUUUACGGGGGGCUUAAAGUAGCAAAAGAAGAAAUUAUGAAAGCUUUGGGUGGUAACGAGAAAGCUUACAAGCCUAUUAUAGAUAUCAUAAACCACAAGAUGAAAGGUAGGCUAGAUUCAAAAUUACAUUUAUCGGCUUAUCUUUUGAAUCCUUAUUAUCAUUAUAAGGAUUCCCAACUCCAACAUGAUCCCUACGUAAUGGAUGCGGUUCUUGAAUUUUUUGAUACAUUACUUUGUGGAGAUUUUGAGAUGCAAAGACAAGUUGUGAUGAUAGAUUUGCCAAAAUACAAGGAAAAAGUUGAUAGAUUUGGAUCGGAUCUUGCAAUUAAAGGUUGUAUGGUGAACAAUGCCGACUUCUAUCCGGAAAGAUGGUGGGGACUUUUUGGUGGCUCAACUCCUCAUUUGAAAAGGAUUACAAUGAGGAUUCUUUCUUUAACAAGUAGUUCAUCGGGUUGUGAAAGAAAUUUGAGCACGUUUGAAGCGAGAAAAGAUAGGACUUUGGAAGUGCUUUUAGCAAAUGAUUCUCAUGCAGCUCAAGAAUUGAUGAUAGAUGGAGAUGAAUUUGAUCCCGAAUCAGUGAUGGAAGCAAUUGAUGAAGCUCUUGGGACUAAUAAUAAUCAAGUACCCCGUAAAAGUUCAACACCGAGAGAACUUUUUGAUGAAGAUUUCGAUUCUGACAAUGAGGAGCAAAUGUUUGAAGAAGAUGAAUAUGAAUCGGAUGGAGUUAAAAUAGUGGAAGAACUUGAAGAUUAA